AUGUGCGAGUAUCCACACUCACUAUGCCGCAGCUGGAUCAUGCAAGGCAUCCGACCGGACAGCAUCGAGCGAUCCUCUGAGGUAGUGAGGAAGGAAAUCAUGGACUAUUCUCACCAGAUCAUCAAGGAGAUGCACAAGCAGGCCGCCGUGAUGCCGUCAUGGCAAGAGGAGCGUGGACUUCACGCAGCCUCCGCAGUCGAGACGUGUGCGAAGCUCCGCUCGUUGCGAGAGACUCACAUCAACCUGGUCGACAUGGAUGAGGCUGGUCUGCUAUUCGGCUUCCAACUCUUGUACAAAGGCAGGUAUGGCGGCAUGUUGCGUCCUUUCUUCAUGGAGCUGCUGGCUGUCGUGAGGAAGAACCGCACUAGAGUUUGCAUUCAUGCUCACACCCAUCGAUCGAUCGCUCGCGUCUGGCUUAACGCGAAGAUGAAUACGGAGGAUAUUUACAAGGGUUUGAUUGGGCAGCGGGAAGUACUUUGUGAGCAUAUUCGCGGCAGAGAGCAGCAUGAGAUGGAGUAG